AUGUCGGAAAUAGAGACCCCAUUCGAUGAACCCCCAGUAGAGGAGGAAGAAUAUGCUGAAGAGGAAGAGCAAGAAGAAGAGCAAGAGGACGAUGCUCCAGAGGAAGCUCUUGGAGCCGCCCCGGCUGGGGGUUCUUUGGCUAUGGCGCUGGGGGAAGCACCGGACCUUGGGGAGGUUGCAGAGAUAGUUGUGCUCGCCACAAGUCUGGGCUCUAUCAAGCGUCAGUUUUUUAGCAGCAAAAGGGUGCAGCAUUUUUUGGACUGCAAGGGCGUUGUGUACUUCCUUAUCGAUACCAAUAGGGACCUGUCAGUAGCCAUGAACCUAAAGGAUACAGAGUUGUACAAGGAGUGGAAGUCCCAAGGCAUUCUUCGCACCAUAGAAAACCCAAACAGCGAAACAGGAGAGCCGGAAGUGGCGCUUCCUCAAGUGUUGGUAGACGGGGUCGUGCUGGGGGGAGAGAACGAUUUACAGGAGUUGGAGGAGGACGGGGAUCUUGACUGGAUCUUUGCCAGGGCCGCAUGUCCCUGCUGCCUUCACGAGAAACCACCGGAAGCAUCGAGCUGUGCGAGCUGUGGGGCAAUGUUCACAUCCCUCAUUCCCGCCGAGGUUCAGGCGUCUGGAGGAGUACAACAGAUGCUUCAGGGCUACACCUACAACUCAGUAGAAGAUGGUGCAGGGGAGAGGCUCAAAGAAAGAUGGGCCUCUGGUCUCCAGCAAGCAGACUUUGAGUGGGACGAGGGGAAGAGACAGGACACUGAAGGGGAGGCAGAAGAGUGA